ACACAGAACAAGCAAGUGAAAAAAAAACAAGACCAAAAUCCACGUGUUUGCAUGCAUGCUCCUUUACAUCCAGAACUUGUCUCCAUUUGUUUCACCCUUUCCGCUUCCUCUUUCUAUCUCACACUACACACCUCUCUAUGACUCUAUCCUCUCGGAUAUGGACCCUAGCCACAUCCAACAAAGACCCUACGGCUCAACCACCGUCCCCUCUCGCGGCAACAACAUGAACCAUCCAAUCGCAUCUUUCCUCCGUCAGCUACAAUCACAAUCUCCUGAGCACUCCCGCCAGCGCUUCGGCCUUCUUGCAUUCUUUAUCUCCGGUGGAAUCCUCCUCUUACUCACCGGAAUCACCGCCACAGCUUUCGUCCUAGGAUUCAUCGCUUUCCUUCCGAUUAUCAUUAUCUCAAGCCCUAUAUGGGUCCCUCUGUUCCUCCUCGUUACCGGAUUCUUAUCCGUUGCCGGAUUCCUAUUCGGUACUGCGGCUGUCGUGUCGUGGACGUACCGGUAUUUUAAAGGCAUGCACCCUGUGGGGUCGGAUCAAGUGGAUUAUGCUCGGAGUCGGAUUUAUGAUACGGCGGCUCAUGUUAAAGAUUAUGCUGGUGAGUACUUCCAUGGUAAGUUUAAAGAUGCAGCACCUGGUGCAUGAAUAGCUUUACCGGGGUAUGGUUUGGUUUCAUGUACAAAUUAAUCUUUAUUUAUGUUUUCAGCUAUGUUGUUUUUGUUUUGUCUCUUUAAUUUGGUACGGACAUCAAUUAUGUAUAGUAAGAUCGA